UCUUCCUCAACGUUGAUGAGCGCUAGGGAUGUUGUCGACACUCCCGCUUUGCUUUUACAGCUUCUCGAUGCUGUUCAAGAACAAGUGGAGAUUCUGCGGCGAGUCGACCACCGGCAGCUGACCAGUGAUCUCUCAAAACAGCCUAUGCCGGAGGUCCCGGCAACCAGCAGCAGUGCUUGGAAUGCGCUGCUGAAGUCCACGCUGGCGGAGACGAUACAGCCAAAGGUCGACAGGUGGAGAAGCGGCCUGGAUGCCCUUUUAGUUUUCCUGGGUCUUUUUUCUGCGAUUGUCACCUCCUUCUUCGUCCAGUCGCUGUUGAGUCUGCAAGAGGACCAAAGUAUGAGGAUGAACGAGCUCGUGGCUAACCUGACGGAGAUCAUCAUCGUCAUAAGCGGUGUGCCACCGGCAACGCUUGGAAUCAAACCUCCAAGGCCAUUCAAGCCGGCCGGUGCCGAUGUGCGAUUGAAUGCAUAUUGGUCGUUGUCCCUCAUUCUCAGCCUAUCUAUCGCAGCCCUGGCUGUCGCCUGCCGCGGCUACCUUAACAUGGUCGGCUGGUCGCGGUUCAUCAAAGCCUCAGAGAGGCUGAUCGACAUCCGUACUCGCUGGCUAGCUUUUGAGCCCCUCCUUGGUCCAACAAUCGAACUCCUUCCCCAAAUGCUUGUCAUCCCUGUGCUCCUCUUCAUCAUAGGGUUACUCGACACGCUCUUCUCAAGCGUGCUUCAACUCUCACCCAUCCCAAUACCUAUCCUCUUCACUGCAGGCCUGUCUCUUCUUUUCAUCGUCGCUGUCGCAUUGUUGCUGGCGUACACCGUUGUCGACAGAGACAUCAAUCCCACAGGGACUGGGAUAGUUUUCCGUCUGAUGUCCGAGGUCCGAACUUGGAUGGCUGGCCCGCACACAACGUUAACUCUGGCUAGAAACAAUACUCGUCAGCCGCGUGUCUCUACCAAAUCGGACAUCGAACUCCCUUCCACAGCACACCUUGUUUAUCAUGACGUCGUUCAGUCGACACAUGACGACGAAACGCUUAACGAGGCCGCUGCUGCACUGUACAGCGUUAUCCAGUCGUUCUCAGUAUGGCCGCGAUAUACGAUGUCGGCUAAUGUCAAAACGUCUAGCGGACUAUUAGCUCAAGAACGUGCGACUCUGCUGCAUUUAUUAUCACCGGAAGCAAGUGCUCGAAGCAAUAGAACAGCAGUACAGGUCAUUCUACGCAUACAGGACACUAAUCGCAUUCGCUAUUCCCAAAACGAUAUGGCAGAGCUCAUUCCGGUCUUGCUGGACGCAGCGCGCCGAAGUCUUCCAUCAAACACCGCAGAGACCCACGUCCGUCUCUGGGAGUCCCCCUUUGUUCACGCUAUGGCUAUUGUCAGCAACGCUGGUGCCUUUUGUGGCUUGCCUGGCCCGCGAUGCGCUCCGGCUUUAGCAUUCCUUGCGUCCGAAUACAUUGACAUUCAGCGCCUGCCCUCCGAUAUCGAUCCCUCAGUCGAGCAUGCGCUCAGGACACGUACCAUUGGGGCAAUUGCGGAAUUGCUUUACUCGUCAGUGGCAAAAUUGGUCCACGACAACUCCGCUCUUGAGCUUUCUGAGCUUGAUUCGGCCGUAUCAAGCCUUUUGGAAUCUCCUCUCGAACCAGCAUCCACUUACAGGUCGCGUUCCAACUCCUCGUCCGAGUCUUCUACCAUUUCGACUGGCUUGCCGCUCGCCCGACAACCGCUCCUUCUGAAUAUCGAGAAUCUCCUCGGAGGAUUCAUCUACCUCCCGCUUCCCUUUCGCACCAUCUCAAGUCACAACUCUCCGAGUCGGGGGCAUUCCUUUGCUGAACCCGUCAAAACCCAAUCUGAGCUUGUCCUCGUAUUGUUGCUCCGCUGGCUUGUGCAUCGAACGUCGUCGUUUUCUGUGAUCAAAGCUGCACAAGGACACAUCGCACGUGUGGCACAGUCGGAUUCGUGGCCCACUGUUUUGUUCUUCGUGGUCUCCACCUUAGCGAGGACGUUAUUGGACUGGAACGUGGGCCCUAGUAUCGAGAGCACCUCUGAAGCAAACGACAACGAAACCCAGGAUAAUGAGACGGCAAAAUCAUAUCGCGAUCAGGAAGAGCGAAGGUGGCUUCUUCCUCUGGCCUAUCUAUGCGUUACCUCGCUCGGGAGAAUCGCCGCUCUACAUCAAUUCCAUCCACAACUCCCUGCGUUAAUGACAGCAGCGGCAGACGCAGUUACUUGGUACUCUUCCUUCCCGCAAAUCAACGACCCGGGGCACAGAAUAUCCGCAUAUGAUGCAGAACUGCUGCAGCUGAUCCAGGCCGAACUCGACGGCAUCCGCAAUUUUGUGACGGACGGGACGUGGAGAUGGAGUGCGAAACAACGGGAAGCAGUUUUGAAAGAACUUGGGCGACUCGAGCAAGGGCUUUCCCUGAUUUCACCUCAACUUACUACGCUACCCGAGCCAUAA